AUGCACCACACUUCCCCGGAAACCUUUCCCACUGAGCUGUGGACAAGCAUUCUCGAAUCCUCCCCGGAUUUUGCUUCUCUCCACCACAUGAUCCAGGCAUCUCCCGUAGCGAGAAGAGUAUUUAAUUUGAAUGCCAUGUCUAUCCUUGAGACUGUGCUUCAGAAUACAGUGCCUCUCGAAGUCCGUUCACUUAUACAGUAUACCGCUCACUUGAGGAGAUGCGACAAAGAGACUGCUCCAACAAAGUCUGCGCCUGAUUAUUGGCACGAUUACUUAUACCCGGCGGAUAGAAAACCUGGCGUUCUGGAGGGUGAGCCUAUGGAGCAUGUUAUACAGGAAAUCAAACUCGAGAUGGAAGCUAGAAUCGAGCCAGGGUUACCUCUGGACCAUGGCAUGAGCGGCACAAACCCUCAUGCCUACAAGCCAAUGGAGCUCCUUUUGCUAAUUAAGAAGAUGUCUAUUCUUGCGGAUGCCUGCAUCGGCCACUAUCGCACCGAAUGCGCAACAAGAGAGGUAAAGACGGAGAAGACGGAGCUCCAUCCUGAAAUCAUGUACCAGCCCAAGGAUUAUGGGCCACCGUCGUGGACGGAAACGCAAAGAGCAAGCAGGGCCCUAUGGCAAAUUGAGCAAUGCUGUCAAAUUCGAAGAGCUCUGUAUGAGGGUCGCCUGGGCUGGAAUUACCUCUUGGAGGAUGAUGAGUACUAUCUCUGGCUUUCGUGGUACUAUCAAAGCGUGCCACGGGAAAUAGCACUCUAUGGAAUCCACUUUGCUUUGCAGAGCAAGUUCGUUUCCAGUUUUGACCCUGGUACCGACGAUAACUCUUGGACCAGUCCUUACGAAAUGUUUAAGGCCAACUUCACUUUGGAAAAAUGCAUCGUCAACCGGCCAUUCUCAUGGCCGGAAGCAGCCCACAGACCCGACUGCAACAAGGGGCCGCAUAACCCUGAGUUUCGGAUCAACGCUCCGCCUCACGGAUAUUACUAUUCGCAUAUGGUGAUGUCGCCGGAAUGGAUUUGUCCCACGUUCGUUAGAUAUUUGAAAUACGAUUUCCGUGGCCUUGGCUUUAUGAUUUGGGAUAAGCCUAGGCUGGUCAGGAUGGGAUUGAUUUCUGCCCCAGAGGCUGGAGAGCAAGACCAAAUGGAUCUAGAAAAGGACAGGGUGCACAAUCAAAUUGGGCAAUGUCCUUGGUUGAAUGUGUACUCUAUGUGCAGCAGUGAGGAGGAAGGAUGA